GACAGAGACCAUCGUCUUCCGGUGUAGAGCGUCACUUCCUAAAUGAUCAUCUGACGUGUCUAAAACAGUUUUUCACCGGUGUUGGGUUUGUACUCGGGGGAUAUUUAUCAUACGUACUUGUGUUUUUCUGAUACGUGGUGACAAGAUGCUGGAUUUCUUCACCAUCUUCAGCAAGGGGGGGAUAGUGUUGUGGUGUUUUCAGGGAGCCGGAGUCACUGAAUCUUUCACGGGGCCAGUUAACGCGUUGAUCCGCUCGGUGAUCCUCCAGGAGCGCGGCGGGAACAAUUCAUUUACCCAUGAAGCUCUUAGUCUCAAAUAUAAACUGGACAAUGAGUUCGAGUUGAUUUUUGUGGUGGGUUUUCAGAAGAUCCUCACGUUGACGUACGUGGACAAGUUUAUAGAUGACGUCCAGCUUCACUUCAGGGAUCGCUAUAAGAAUGAGCUGGAGCAAAAGGGCACUCUGAAGCUUCUUAACAGCACUUUUGCGUUUGAAGAUGCAUUCAGCGAACUCCUCAAACUGGCGGAGGAGAGCAGUAAAGCUCGGAGCCCCGCCCCCAUGAGGUCCUUUAAGGAGUCUGAGAAGUCCCAAAAAACUGUGAAGUCAAUGAUAGAGACUAAGGGUGGAGACAAGGGCAAGGAGCAAGGUGGUAAAAAGAGUAAAAAUACCAAAAAGGAGGCUCCUGCAGUUGAGCCUAUCAAAGCUGAUCAAGGCAAGAUCACAGCUGCUGACCAGAAGACGGUUGUAAACGGCAACCAGGGCUUGACUCCUGAGGAAAUCAUGCUGAAGAAAAGGGAGGAUUUUAUCCUCAAACGCAUGGGAACGUGUGAAAAACCCAAAAAGUCCCCGAAGCCUCAAAAGCCAAAGGAGAAACAAAAGCGCGUGUGGGACAAUGCUGGCAGCAGUGACAAGAACCUGGACUACAGCGACAAGAAUGGAGCCGGUUCUGGAGAUGGAGAAAAGAAUCUGGAAGCACAGUUUGACCCAGAAAUGCAGGUCAGCUCUAUGAAAGGAGACCUGCUGUCUGUGGACUACGACUCCAGCGAGAACGGGGAGGAGGAGGAGGAAGAAGAGGAGGAGGAGGAAGAAGUGGUCAUUAGGGGAACAAGCAAAAUAAGCCCUAAAAAGGGUGGUGGUUUUGGGGGGAUGUUUGGGAUGCUGAAGGGACUGGUGGGCUCCAAGAGCCUGUCCCGGGAUGACAUGGAGCCAGUGCUGGAGAAGAUGAGAGACCACCUCAUUGCAAAGAAUGUAGCGGCCGACAUCGCCUCCCAGCUGUGUGACUCUGUUGCCAAAAAGCUGGAGGGCAAAGUCAUGGGCACGUUCACCACUGUGGCCUCAACAGUAAAGCAGGCCCUGCAGGACUCUCUGGUGCAGAUCCUGCAGCCCAAACGCAGGGUGGACAUUUUGAGAGACGUCAUGGAGGCCCAGAGUCAACGCCGGCCUUUCGUCAUCACAUUUUGUGGUGUCAACGGAGUUGGGAAGUCUACCAACCUGGCAAAGAUCUCCUACUGGCUGAUAGAAAACGGUUUCAGCGUGUUGAUUGCAGCGUGUGACACCUUUCGUGCUGGAGCUGUAGAGCAGCUUCGUACUCACCAACGCCGCCUGAACUCGCUGCACCCCCCGGAGAAGCACGGAGGACGCCCGGUGGUCCAGCUCUACGAGAAGGGCUAUGGGAAGGAUGCUGCUGGGAUUGCUAUGGAGGCCAUUGCUUAUGCUCGCAACCAGGCUUUUGAUGUGGUGCUGGUGGACACCGCUGGGCGUAUGCAGGACAACGCCCCGCUGAUGACAGCUCUGGCCAAACUCAUUGCAGUCAACAUGCCUGAUUUAGUGUUGUUUGUUGGGGAAGCUUUGGUGGGCAACGAGGCAGUCGAUCAGUUGGUAAAGUUCAAUCAGGCGCUGGCAGACCACUCCAUGUCUGACAAGCCACGCCUGAUCGACGGAAUUGUUCUCACGAAGUUCGACACCAUCGAUGACAAGGUUGGUGCAGCCAUCUCCAUGACUUACAUCACAGGCCAGCCCAUCGUGUUUGUGGGAACAGGGCAGACCUACAACGACCUGCGUAGCCUGAACGCCCGCGCCGUGGUCAGCGCCCUGAUGAAGGCUUAAAGUUGUCUGCAUGUUCGGUUGUUUCCAAGGAGGCAAACUAACUUAAACGUGAUCCAGGAUGUCUCGCCCAUCUUUUCACAUCUGUUUACUACCCGUCUGCAUCAAAAAUGAACUCUUCUCACGAGAUUUGAUUCUCCUAGUGUCAGGAGAGACGGGGCUGUUCUUCAGCUGAAGCACACGGGAAUGACCUUUUUGCAGAAAUGAGUUCGAGGAGCGCUCCAAGUCUCUGACCCUAAUUCGCACAUUACACCCGUGCUUGGCCACCUUUGAUCUGAUUGGUAGAUGUACAAAAAGAGGUCAAAUAAAUUCUGGAUCUUACAUCUUCGUCUCAGCUGAUCUAAAGUCAGAGUGGAUAUUCUUUAAAUCCUGUUUUUCUGCAAACUUACAACCGAUCAGUGGACCAUUAAAGAAUAUUUUAAUUUGUUUUAAUCUGUCAAUUUCUAUGUUCCUUUAAAUUAUAUUAAUUUUGUAUUUGUUUUUCAGAAGGCUCAUUUUUAAAUGAUCUUCAGCCCCCUUUAAGUCACGGCAGUGCAAUAUGAGGAGCGAGGGUUACGCUGAGGUUUGACUAAUUUAUGAGAAUGUAAACAUUUCUACAUAAAUAAAGCUGCUACAUGCUAAAUCUA